AUGCCUGCCAAGCGAAAGAUGGUGGGCGCUGUAAAGCGCAAGCCCGCAGCUGUGCAGCCCGCGUCGAAGCGUCGCAAGGCCGCCUCUGGCUGCGGCGUGUUUGUCCAGAACGCCCCGCGUGGCACAGAUGCGCAGGCCAAGUUCUCGAACGAGGUUUUCGCCGAAGGCGGCUUCCGCUAUGUCUACAGGGGGGUCUACCUCUCCGGGACCCGGGAGGGCGAGGACUGCGUAAUGAAGGAGUUCAAGACCGGAAGCGUCCACGAGGCAACGUUCUUCGAGGCUGACAUUCAAGCAGUCAAGAAGGCUGGUCAGCUGAUUCAGAAGUUCAACGACGCGGGCGUUGUCAGCAAGCGCGUCUAUCUGAACGAGCCGGAGGUGUGGUCCGGCUCUGGCGGCCGCAUCGCCGGGCAUAAGGUCCUCGUCGAGCCGAUGAUUCAAGGUACGUACUUUCGGUUCAACAGCAACACUGGCUAUGCCGAGCCUGACACGGCCACCAUGCAGGCUUUGUCGCACUUCUCCUUCCAUGUGUCGAAUGGUCAAUAUCUGCUGUGUGACCUCCAGGGGGGUCGGUACGACGGCUUCUACAUCCUCACCGAUCCUGUAAUUCACAGCAAGGGCAAGGAAUUUGGUGGCACGGAUCUUGGACAGGAAGGCAUCGACAAUUUCAUGGCACACCACCGAUGUGGUCGCUUCUGUGAUCCCAACUGGAAGUUGCCAGCAGCCAAAAAGCUCAUCCCUCACUUCCAGGCCGUUGCCGGCACCACCUUCGGGGAAGCUGCAGCGCUCUUCACCAAGGAGCAGCGCAGAGAUUUGGAGAUCAAGGUGAACAAGGAGGUCAGAAUCAGCAUCCGAAAGCUGUGGGAAGGCGCUCUUCCCUCCGGAAAGAAGCAGAUUGUGGUUCAUGACCAGUCCAAGCGCGUGAGGGCCAAACUCGGCCCGAGCUGA